AUGGCCUGGGCGGGAAACCAGACGCUCAUCCCCCACUUCAUGCUCCUGGGGCCCUUCGCGCCCUCACCGCCGCCGCUCCUCGCCUUGGCCGCGCUCGCGCUCGCGCCCCUGGCGGCGCUCUCGGGCGACGCGCUCCUGCUGCUGCUCAUCGGCGCGGACGCGCGGCUGCGCAGCCCCAUGUACUUCUUCCUCGGCUGGCUGUCGCUCGCCGACCUUGCGCUCGUCUGCACCGUCGCGCCGCGCAUGGCCGCAGACCUCCUCCGCGGCGGGGGCGCCAUCUCCUUCGCGGGCUGCGGGCUCCAGAUCCUCUUCUUCCUCACGCUGCUGGGGGACGAGUGCUUCCUGCUGGCCUGCAUGGCCUACGACCGCUACGUGGCCGUCUGCCACCCGCUGAGGUACGCGGCGGUCAUGAGCCGCCGCGUCUGCUGGCUCCUGGUGGCCGCGUCCUGGCUCUUCGGCCUGGCCGACGGGCUGGUGCAGGCCGUCUUCACCCUGCGCUUCCCCUACUGCGGCUCGCAGGAGAUCGACCACUUCUUCUGCGAGGUCCCCGCGGUGCUCAAGCUGGCCUGCGCCGACACGUCGCUCUACGAGACCAUGAUCUACGUGUGCUGCGUGCUCAUGCUGCUGCUGCCCUUCGCCGUCAUCUCGGCCUCCUACCUGCGCAUCCUGGGGGCCGUGCUGCGCAUGCGCUCCGCCCACGGCCGGCAGAAGGCCUUCGCCACCUGCUCCUCGCACAUGGUGGUGGUCUCGCUCUUCUAUGGGGCUGCCAUGGUCACCUACAUGCGGCCGCAGGCCUACCACUCUGCCAGGCAGGACAAGGUGGUCUCGGCCUUCUACACCAUGGUCACCCCCAUGCUCAACCCUCUCAUCUACAGUCUGAGGAACAAGGAAGUGGCUGGGGCUCUGAGGAAGCUCCUGGGCAGGUGUCCUUGUGGCGGGGAACGGGGCUAG